CUUGGACUGCCAGCAAGCUUGAGUGCUAGUGCGCAAGUGUAAACUGCACAUCUAGGACUCUGUUACUGGAGAAAAGAUGGCAAUGGCCUCAGCAACUGUGGUGGUUCCCACACAGUGGAUAAAGAACUGGGAAAAAUCUGGGAGAAGCGAGUUUUUGCGGUUAUGCCGGAUUCUCAGUGAAAGUAAAAGCCGCGACACUUUCGCUGGAAGAGAGUUCCAACAAGCUCUUUAUGAGUUGUCAUAUCAUGUCGUUAAAGGAACUUUAAAGCCUGAACAGGCAUCAAAUGUUCUUAAUGACAUCAGCGAAUUUCGAGAAGAUAUCCCGUUAAUUCUUGCUGAUAUAUUUUGCAUAUUGGAUAUUGAGACAAAUUGUUUAGAAGAAAAAAGCAAGAGAGAUCAUUUUACGCAGUUGGUAUUAGCGUGUUUGUACUUAGUUUCAGAUACAGUUCUAAAGGAACGUUUGGAUCCAGACACAUUGGAAUCCUUGGGCCUUAUCAAACAAUCGCAGCAGUUCAAUCAAAAGUCAGUUAAAAUCAAAACGAAACUCUUUUAUAAACAACAGAAGUUUAAUUUGUUAAGAGAAGAAAAUGAAGGUUAUGCCAAGCUGAUUGUUGAAUUGGGGCAAGAUUUAUCUGGAAAUAUUACUAGUGAUUUAAUCUUAGAAAUUCUCAAAUCUUUAAUUGGAUGCUUUAACCUGGAUCCCAAUAGAGUUUUGGAUAUCAUUUUAGAAGUGUUCGAGUACAGGCCAGAACACCAUGACUUCUUUAUAUCUUUAUUAGAAGCUUACAUGAGUAUGUGUGAACCACAGACACUGUGUCAUAUUCUCGGGUUCAAGUUCAAGUUUUACCAGGAGCCAAAUGGUGAGACUCCGCCAUCCUUGUACAGGGCUGCCGCAGUGCUCCUGCAAUUCAGCCUCGUCGACCUGGAUGACCUCUAUGUGCACCUUCUUCCAGCGGACAGCUGCAUUAUGAGUGAAUACAAACGAGAAAUUGUGGAAGCUAAGCAAAUUGUUAGAAAGCUUACAAUGGUUGUAUUGCCUUCUGAAAAAAGUGAUGAGCGAGAGAAAGAAAAGAAAACAGAUGAUAAGGUGGAGAAGUCACCUGACAACCAAAAACUGGGCUUGUUGGAAGCCUUGUUAAUGAUUGGCGAUUGGCAGCAUGCACAGAGCAUUAUGGAUCGGAUGCCUCCAUACUAUGCAACCUCACACAAAGUAAUAGCCCUUGCCGUCUGCAGCCUUAUCCACAUAACUAUUGAACCUCUUUACCGAAGAGUUGGUGUUCCCAAAGGUGCUAAGGGUUCACCUGUCAGUGCUUUACGGAACAAGAAGACACCAAAGCAAGCAGAGAGCUUUGAAGACUUGAGGAGAGAUGUAUUCAGUAUGUUCUGUUACCUUGGUCCUCACCUUUCUCACGAUCCCAUCUUGUUUGCAAAGGUUGUGCGUAUAGGCAAGUCAUUUAUGAAGGAAUUUCAGUCUGAUGGGAAACAAGAAAGUAAAGAGAAAAUGGAAAUUAUCCUUAGUUGUUUGCUUAGCGUUACUGACCAGGUAUUGCUUCCAUCUCUUUCUUUGAUGGAUUGCAAUGCAUGCAUGUCAGAGGAACUAUGGGGGAUGUUCAAAACAUUUCCUUAUCAGCAUAGAUACCGCUUAUAUGGCCAGUGGAAGAAUGAGACUUAUAACAGCCAUCCACUUUUAGUAAAAGUUAAAGCUCAUACAAUAGAUAGAGCCAAAUAUAUCAUGAAGCGUCUAACCAAGGAAAAUGUGAAGCCUUCAGGAAGACAGAUUGGGAAAUUGAGCCACAGUAACCCAACCAUUUUGUUUGAUUAUAUCUUGUCACAAAUACAGAAGUAUGAUAACUUAAUAAUUCCUGUGGUAGAUUCAUUGAAAUACCUCACUGCAUUGAAUUAUGAUGUUUUGGCCUAUUGUAUCAUCGAAGCACUAGCUAACCCAGAGAAAGAGAGGAUGAAACAUGACGACACGACCAUCUCAGGCUGGCUGCAGAGUCUGGCUGGCUUCUGUGGUGCAGUUUUUCGUAAAUACCCAAUUGAUCUUGCUGGUCUUCUUCAAUAUGUGGCGAAUCAGUUAAAGGCGGGCAAAAGUUUUGACCUGCUCAUAUUAAAAGAAGUGGUACAAAAAAUGGCAGGAAUAGAAGUUACAGAGGAAAUGACAAUGGAGCAGCUAGAGGCUAUGACUGGUGGGGAGCAGCUGAAGGCUGAGGGUGGGUACUUUGGCCAGAUUAGAAACACUAAAAAAUCCUCUCAGAGAUUGAAGGACGCACUGCUGGACCAUGACCUUGCCCUUCCUCUUUGUUUGCUUAUGGCUCAGCAGAGGAAUGGGGUGAUCUUUCAGGAAGGCGGGGAGAAACAUUUGAAACUUGUAGGAAAGCUAUAUGACCAAUGUCAUGAUACUUUGGUACAGUUUGGUGGGUUUUUAGCAUCAAAUCUGAGCACAGAUGAUUACGUAAAGAGAGUACCUUCAAUUGAUGUGCUUUGUAAUGAAUUUCAUACGCCCCAUGAUGCAGCAUUUUUUCUGUCCCGGCCAAUGUAUGCACAUCAUAUUUCAUCCAAGUAUGAUGAACUUAAGAAAUCAGAGAAGAGCAGCAAGCAGCAGCAUAGAGUUCACAAGUACAUCACGUCCUGUGAGGUGGUCAUGGCGCCCGUGCAUGAGGCGGUGGUCUCCUUACACAGCUCCAGAGUCUGGGAGGACAUCAGUCCCCAGUUCUACACCACGUUCUGGUCUCUGACGAUGUAUGACCUUGCAGUCCCACAUACCAGCUAUGAACGAGAAGUCAAUAAAUUGAAGAUCCAGAUGAAAGCGAUUGAUGACAAUCAGGAAAUGCCUCUAAAUAAAAAGAAAAAAGAGAAAGAGCGCUGUACUGCCCUUCAGGACAAGCUUAUUGAAGAAGAAAAGAAACAGAUGGAGCAUGUACAGCGUGUUCUACAGAGACUGAAAUUGGAAAAGGACAACUGGCUCUUAGCAAAAUCUACCAAAAAUGAGACCAUCACAAAGUUUCUCCAGUUGUGUAUAUUUCCUCGAUGUAUUUUUUCAGCAAUUGAUUCUGUUUACUGCGCUCAUUUUGUUGAGUUAGUCCAUCAACAGAAGACUCCAAAUUUCUCCACACUUCUGUGCUAUGACAGAGUUUUCUCAGACAUUAUUUACAUGGUGGCCAGCUUUACCGAGAAUGAAGCUAGUCGAUAUGGGAGGUUCCUCUGCUGCAUGUUAGAGACUGUGACCAGGUGGCACAGCGACAGGCCCACCUAUGAGAAGGAAUGUGGAAGCUAUCCGGGAUUCCUUACUAUAUUACGAGCAACUGGAUUUGAUGGUGGAAAUAAAGCUGAUCAGUUAGAUUAUGAGAACUUCCGACAUGUUGUGCAUAAAUGGCAUUACAAGCUAACCAAGGCAUCAGUACAUUGCCUUGAAACAGGCGAAUAUACUCACAUCAGGAAUAUCUUGAUUGUGCUGACAAAAAUACUGCCUUGGUACCCCAAAGUUUUAAAUCUGGGUCAGGCUUUGGAAAGAAGAGUGCAUAAGAUCUGCCAAGAAGAGAAAGACAAGAAGCCAGAUCUAUAUGCACUAGCAAUGGUCUACUCGGGGCAGCUGAAAAGUAGAAAGUCGUACAUGGUGCCUGAAAAUGAAUUUCAUCACAAAGACCCUCCUCCCAGAAAUGCUGCUACCAGUGUACAAAAUGGGCCUUGUAGUGGGUUGCCUUCAUACAUAGGAAGUACAUCUAAAUCCGAUGAGAGUGGUACUGAGGAGCCUGACAAGUCACGAGAAAGAUCUCAGUGUGCUGUGAAAACUGUUAGCAAAGCGUCCAGUGUCACACCAAAAGGGACCUCAAGCAACGGGAACAGCAGCUCCAACACUAAAGCUGUUAAGGACAACGACAAGGAAAAGGGCAAAGAGAAAGAGAAAAAAGAAAAGGCCCCAGCUGUUACUCCAGAGGCUAGGGUGCUUGGUAAAGACAGUAAAGAAAAACCUAAGGAAGAGCAGCCAAGUAAAGAUGACAAAAUAAGAGAGACCAAGGAAAGAUUACCUAAAUCUGACAGAGAUAAAGAAAAGGUAAAGAAGGAAGAAAAAGCUAAAGAUGAGAAAGUCAAGAUCAUUGUCCCCAGUGUGGAAUCAAAGUCCUCUCAAGAAAGGGAAAAAGAGAGAGAGCCGUCAAGAGAAAGAGAUACAGGAAAGGAAAUGAAGUCAAAAGAGAAUGUUAAAGGAGAAAAAGCACCAGUCUCUGGGUCCUUGAAGUCACCCAUUUCCCGAACAGAGAUCCCAGAACCCGAAAGAGAGAAACGUCGCAAGGUGGAUCCCCACCCUUCUCCAGCACAUUCCUCCACAGCAAAGGACAGUCUGACCAAACUCAAGGAGUCGUCAGCAAAGCUCUACACCAACCAUGCCCCGUCAGUGUUGUGCAAGAGUAAAGAGAGAGAAGCAGACAAGAAAGAUUUGGACAAAUCAAGGGAAAGAUCUAGAGAAAGGGAGAAAAAAGAGGAAAAGGACCGGAAAGAGCGGAAAAGGGAUUAUUCAAACAAUGACCGUGAAGCACCCCUAGACUUAAUCAAGAGGCGGAAGGAUGAAAAUGGAAUAUUGGGGGUUUUAAAACACAAAAGUGAAAGUCCCUGUGAGUCUCUUUAUCCAAAUGAGAAAGAUAAGGAAAAAAAUAAGUCAAAAUCCUCAGGCAAAGAAAAAGGUGAUUCAUUCAAACCUGAAAAGACAGAUAAAAUAUCCAGUGGGAAAAAGGAUUCUGGGCAUGACAAGGAAAAGACAGAGAAGAAAGAGAAGUGGGACAGCUGUGGAGACAAGGAGGAGAAGAAGCACCACAAAUCCUCAGACAAGCACCGGCAGUGAGGGCGCAGCCGCGCCUCUGCGCUGACGUCCCC